GCACAAGUUUUGCACAUAUUGUAAUGUUAAUUCUCAUUUUAUAUUAGUAAUAAUAUAAAUAAAGUAAUAAUAUUAUAGUUGUUUUGCUUGAUUUAUUUAACAUUUUGCAAUCGUAUAAGCUUUUAUAAAACUUCUACUAUGUAAAUUUGUCGACAUAACGUAGCUUUAAUCAUCUUCUGUUUUUCUUAAUUAUCUUUAUCAUUAGAAUUACGAUUUAAUUAUUCAUUCGUUUAUCCCAAUUGUGAAACGUAAAUAAAAUACAUUCAAUUUUCUUGCGCGAAGUAGAAAAUUGUGUUUGAAGGAAUCAAAUUCAGCAGUUUUUACAAAUCAAAAGAUACACUCAGGUCAUUGAACUGUUGUACUUAAUAUGCAACAAUGUUUAUGAUUUGGGGAGACUGGUUCGCAAGUGGAGUACAAUCUGUAAAUACGCAAAAUCUCCUUGAUUCUGUAAUUAUAACAAAUAAGAGUAUCAUAAGGAGAAUUCGCAUACCUCCUUACGAAGUAUAUAAAACUCAUUGGCGCAAUGAUCCCGAAAUACAGAGACAUUAUUGGGCAGCAUCUUUUCUUCUACCUGUCGGAACAAUCUUCGUUCUUGCUUUGAUAGUUAUUUUGAUGGUUUUGUUCAAAAGAUGUCCACAAAUGGUUGCCGUGAUUGUCGCAGCGAUUCUUGGCGUCAUUAUUGUAUUUACGACGGUAAUAUCAAUUAGUCAUGCACCGAUUUAUGCUUGACAAUCUUUAAUACUAUUGUUCCAAAUAUGUGACAUAAAAUUUUAUCUUUUAUAGUAUAGAUUUUCCUAAAACAUUAUAGAUAAAGACUGGUGUAAAGAUAGUUGUAUCAUCAGCGGAGACAAUUACACAUCCGCACAUAUUAAAUAUUUUUAUAUGUAUAUUUUUUUAUAAUAGAAAAACAAAGUAUUAUUUUAUCAACCACUAAUAUAAGUACUCUACUUACUACUA